AUGUGGAGAAAAGCUUUCACUUUGCUUAAACGCAGACCCUAUUCCUCUUCCCCUGAAAUCCCAACCCUCUAUUCCUUUCUCCAACCUUCAAUCUUCGCCCUUAAAACCCCACCAUCUACACACUCUGACCUCCCAACCCCACCUCCCAAAACCCUAUCCCCAGACCACGUCACCACUCUAGAGACGAUCCUCCACAAGUCCCUAUUGACCCACAACACAGAUGAGGCGUGGAAGUCCUUCAAGUCCCUCACAGGCAGCUCUGUUUUCCCAAGUAAGUCCCUCACUAAUUCAAUGAUAACCCAUUUAGCUUCAUUGGGUGAGAUUCAUAAUCUGAAGAGGGCUUUUGCUUCUGUGGUUUAUGUGGUGGAGAAAAGCCCUGAGCUUUUGGAGUUUGAGACUGUUGGGUCUGUUUUGGGUGCCAUGAAUUGUGCCAACACUGCUGCUCCUGCUUUUGCUUUGAUUCAAUGCAUGUUCAAGAACAGGUUUUUCUUGCCGUUUAGUGUGUGGGGGAGUGUUGUGGUUGAGAUUAGUAGGAGAAAUGGUAACUUUGGUGCGUUUUUACGGGUUUUCGAGGAGAAUUGUAGGGUUGCUUUGGAGGAGAAGAUGGAGGUUAUGAAACCGGAUUUGGCUGCUUGUAAUGCAGCAUUGGAGGGGUGUUGUUGUGAGCUUGAAUCGGUGAGUGGCGCCGAGAAAGUUGUGGAGACAAUGGUGGGAUUGGGUGUGAGGCCUGAUGAAUGCAGUUUUGGAUUUCUUGCUUAUUUGUAUGCAUUGAAGGGUUUGGGGGAGAAGAUCAGUGAGUUGGAGGGUUUAAUGGGUGGGUUUGGUUUUUCGGAUAGAAGGGUGUUUAGGAAUAAUUUGAUCAAUGGGUAUGUUAAGUCUGGCAAAUUGGAAUUUGUUUCAGAAACUAUUCUGCAGGGUUUAAGAGAAUGUGGUGGGGAAUGUUUGGAUUUGGAUGGAGAAACGUAUUGUCGAGUUGUUAGAGGAUUUCUUGAUAAUGGAAAUGUGAAAGAGUUGGCAACUCUGAUUAUUGAAGCUCAGAAGCUGGAGUCUUCCACAGUUGCGGUUGAUAGAUCAAUUGGUUACGGUGUUGUUAAUGCUUGUGUUGGUAUUGGAUUAUCAGAUAAAGCACACAGUAUUCUGGAUGAAAUGAAUGCUCAGGGAGGUACUUUGGGGCUUGGUGUGUAUGUACCAAUAUUGAAGGCUUAUAGCAAAGAGCAUAGGACUGCUGAAGCAACUCAACUGGUAAUGGAUAUUAGUAAUUCAGGGCUGAAGUUGGACACGGAAACAUAUGAUACUCUUAUAGAAGCAUCUAUUUCUAGUCAAGAUUUUCAAUCGGCUUUCUCUUUGUUUAGGGACAUGAGAGAAGCAAGAACACCUGACUUGAAGGGUAGUUAUCUGACCAUGAUGACAGGCUUAAUGGAAAAUCACCGGCCAGAGUUGAUGGCGGCCUUCUUAGAUGAGGUUGUGGAGGACCCUCGAAUUGAAGUGGGUACCCACGACUGGAAUUCAAUUAUUCAUGCCUUUUGUAAAGCUGGGCGACUGGAAGAUGCGAGGAGGACUUUUAGAAGGAUGGUAUUCUUGCAGUACAAUCCUAAUGACCAGACAUAUUUGUCAUUAAUUAGUGGGUACGUUUCUGUGGAGAAAUAUUUUUGUGUUUUGAUGCUGUGGCAUGAGGUGAAAAGAAAUAUUUCAGUUGAUGGAGAGAAAGGGCUUAAAUUUGAUCACAACAUGGUUGAUGCAUUCCUCUAUGCUCUUGUUAAGGGAGGCUUUUUUGAUGCAGUAAUGCAAGUUGUUGAGAAAUCUCAAGAAAUGAAAAUCUUUGUGGAUAAAUGGAGGUACAAGCAGGCAUUCAUGGAAACCCAUAAGAAGCUUAAAGUGUCAAAAUUGAGAAAGAGGAGUUUUAGGAAAAUGGAAGCACUUGUUGCUUUCAAGAAUUGGGCUGGUCUCAAUGCAUGAAUGCAGGCAGCGCUGGUAUCAAAUCUCCUUUAUGAAAAUCUGCUUCCACCUUUGAGGAGGAGGAACCUCAAAUUUUGUUUUUCUUGAUGGUUGAACAUUAAGAGCUGUUUAGUUCUUUGAUCACUGGAUUCUGCUUCAUAAGUUUAGAAGUUGACGUGGAACAGUAUGAUAUAUGGUCUGACUCUUUUAGAGGUUGAUGUUUCUUCAUGAAUUAUAAAGUACAUGAAAUUUGCAGGAGAUUAUGCCACAGAUUCAGAUCUAAGUAACAGAAGAUUUACUGGUAUAAA